AUGUUGACUAAAAGUCAUCUUACAUUUGGCAAAUCGCAGAGAUUUGCUAUUGUUCUCCAUCGUCAUCUCGCAUCGGAAUCCAAUAGAGACUAUAAUUAUCUCAAGGCAAGCAUCCUUCCAACUGAUCAUUUCCAAUAUAGUUUACCACGUUUACCCAUUCCAAAACUAGAACUAACAUGUGAACGUUAUUUAUCAGCCGUGAAACCUAUUUUAAACGAUGAUAACAAGGCAUUCGAACAAACGCGACAAUAUGUUGAUGAUUUUCGUUCCGGUGAUGGCAAACGGCUCGACGAACAACUACGAAAGAAGAAUACAGCGAAUCGCAAUACUUCCUAUAUAUCAAAGCCAUGGUUUGAAAUGUAUUUAAAAUCGCGUUUGCCAGUGAUCUUAAACUUUAACUUCUUUCUCGUCUUUGCCGAAGACAAACAACAUUUAAAGCCAGCAGCACGUCUUACGAACUACAUUAUUUCAUCCGUUCGUUUUAUGAACUCGCUCCGAGCAAAUACUCUCGAUCCUGAAGUCUAUCAUUUGAAUCCGAAGAAAAGUAACACUGAUCAAUUUCGUAAAAUUCUUCGUUAUGUACCAAAACGCCUUUCAUUCUACGGUGCUGUUCUACAAAAAGCUUACCCAUUAGAUAUGUCUCAAUACAAUCGCUUGUUUAAUUCAACACGCAUUCCUAAAGUCGACUGCGAUGUACUGGAAACGAACGCACAAGAUGUUCGACAUAUUAUUGUUAUCAAACGUGGUCACUAUUAUAAGGUGAAUAUCUUGGAUAAGAACGGACAGUUGUUACCUGCGGAACAAAUAGCAGCAAUGAUGAAGUAUUUAUGUGAAGAUUUAAAUGAAGAAGAGAAUAAACAUCCGUUGGGAUAUUUUACAGCUGAUAAACGGGAUCGCUGGGGAAAGAUACGGGAACAAUUUGAAACACUUUCACAACAUAAUAAACAAGUUUUCAAAGAAAUCGAUAGUUCAAUCAUGGUUAUAUGCUUAGAUGAAGAUGAUCCAUCGAAAUUAGAUAAAAGUCUAACAAAAGAACAACGCGCAACAUAUAUCUCUGGAAAAUACUUAUGUUACAAUGCAUCAAACCGCUGGUACGACAAAUCAUUCAACAUGAUCAUGUUAUCCGACGGCACAUUAGGUCUCCAUUGCGAACACUCUUGGGGUGACGGUGUUGCUCUCCUUCGAUUUUGUAAUGACAUUGAUCAAGAUGUAAACAAACAUCUCAAGAUUAAUUCAUCAAACUAUCAAUCGAUCCAAUCGUCAACACAAGAUCAAAUCAACAAGCUCGAAUUCCAACUCGACGAUACAUUGAAACACGAAGUACAAACAUCAAAGCAAAAUUACGAUGAUUUCGUCUCGAAACUCAACAUUAUCACUUACCAAAGAGAAGUCUUAGGAAAAAAUCUCUUAAAGAAAUCUGCGCUCAGUCCUGAUGCAAUCAUGCAGCUUGGGAUUCAAAUGGCUUAUUACAAAAUGCGUCAACGAUUUGUUUCAACGUAUGAGUCAUGUUCGACAGCAGUUUACAAACAUGGUCGAACAGAAACUAUCCGACCUGUUACCAAUGAGACCAAAGCAUUCAUCGAAGCAUUAGCAAAAUCGAGUGAUAAACAACUUUUGAAAGAUUUAUUGAAGAAAGCUUCUGAGAAACAUCAACAACUGAUCAAAGAAGCAGCGACAGGACAAGGGUUUGAUCGGCAUUUAUUCGCAUUGAAAUAUCUACAACAAACUGAAAAUCAAGAACCACAAUUACAUCCGAUUUACACGGAUAAGUCUUAUCAAUUGAUGAACCAUACGAUUCUUUCAACAUCGACAGUUGCGUCGAAACAUAUCGAAGCUGGAGGCUUUGGUCCAGUCGUUAACGAUGGGUUCGGAAUUGGAUAUUUAAUCGACGAUGAACAAUGCGGCUUAUUAGUUACAUCGUAUAUGCAAAAGGAAUUAAAUGAGUACAUGCAAGCAGCAAUGGAAAGUUACAAAGACUUGGCAAAUAUUAUCAAAGCAUGA